AUGACAAACAUGUUGGAGAAGAAGUUUACUAAUAAAGAUUUAGGAAUUGAAUUGACUUCAUAUAUCGAUAAACAGCAAAAUGUUUGGUUUCGCGGAAAGGAUGUAGCUGAGAUACUUGGGUAUAGUAAUACCAAAAAAGCUGUUUUAAAUCAUGUUGAAAGUGAGGAUAAACAACAGAUAUUUACUCGCCAUUCCAGGGGACCCAAAACGGGUCCGGUGGCUAAAAGUUAUUCCAGGGGACCCAAAACGGGUCCGGUGGCUCCAAGUGGUAGUAUGUGCACUUAUAUCAAUGAAUCUGGUUUCUACUCCCUUUUGUUAUCCUCUAAAUUAGAAACAGCUAAGAAGUUCAAACAUUGGAUUACCUCUCAAGUUCUUCCGUCAAUAAGAAAAUAUGGAUUUUAUAAAAUGUUUGACAACCCAAAUAACAAAAUGUUUAAAAUAGAAAAUGAGACAGAUUUACAUUACAAAGUUGUACAACUAAUUAGAAAUUAUUAUCCAGAUUCUAUAUUGGUAGCAGGUCUGGGAGAGAAUCAAGAUACAGAGGAAAAAAGACUAGAUUCCUAUAAGAAAGGUUAUCAACGAGGCCAACCAGAUCUAAUGAUAUUAGAUUACCACAUUCAAUAUAAAGGUCUCUGUAUUGAAUUCAAAUCACCAACUAACUAUUACUGUGUAACAGAAUCACAGCUAAAAACUAAAGAUAAAUAUAAAAAUAAUGAAUAUGCAUAUAUUCUAAGUAAUGAUUAUGACUAUAUCAGUAAGAAGUUACAUAAAUAUAUGGCUGGUGUUAGAAUUCCUUGUAAAUAUUGCCCAAAAGCAUUUCGUAGUAAAAAAACAUUAAAUACACAUUUAAAAGUAUUUCAUAGGAUUGAGAAAAACAUUUAA